UCUACACUCUCGAGUGGAGUACUCUUCCUGGACUGGAGAGGGAGCGUGCGCGCGCGGGUGUGUCUCUCUCUGUCUCUCUCGGUGCUGCGGCCAUGGGUGCGGCGAGGAGGAGGGCGUCGGCCGUGGCGAUGGCGGCGCUGGCGGCGGCGGUGAUGUCGGCGGGGUUGGCGGCCGCGGCCGUGUACGAGGUGGGCGACAAGGCCGGGUGGACCAUCAUGGGAAACCCCAACUACGGCUCCUGGGCCGCCUCCAAGAAGUUCCGUCUCGGCGACAUCGUUGUGUUCACGUACAACAAACAGUUCCACAACGUGAUGGCGGUGAGCAAGGCGGACUACAAGAACUGCGACGCGAGCAAGCCGAUCGCCACAUGGUCGACGGGCAACGACUCGGUGGUCCUCAACGCCACCGGCCACCACUACUUCCUCUGCGGCUUCCCGGGCCACUGCGCCAUCGGCCAGAAGGUGGACGUCCGCGUCGCCACCUCCGGCCGCUCCUCUGACGCCCCUUCCGGCGCGCCGUCCACGGCGCCCGCCCCGGCCUCCGGCUCAUCCGAGUCACCUGCAGCCGCCGCGCCGUCGCCGCACGGCAAUGCCGCGGCGCCGGCCGUCGGCUGCUGCUCCGUCGUCACGGCCAUCGCCGUGUCCGUGCUGUCCGUUGCUGCUGCCGGGCUGAGCUUGCUCUAGGGUGUUGUCCCGACACCGUCGUCGGUUAGGAUGGCGCGCGUUUUGUGAAUUGUGUGUGAGCUUUGCGUUUGGAGAGAUGGAUCAUGGAUGUGCCCAUUUUCUAUUUUGUCCCCCUUUCCUUGCCUCAUAAUUAAACUAGCCUGGUCCUGUGGAUCUUGCUGUAAUUUGAGGACUUUUGCUGGUUAUCACCUCAUGUUUUGGACUUGGGAUUUUUGGUUAUUCCUUUCAUCUCAGCUUAGAUAUGUCGAAUGAACACCCGUAUACUGCUAUAGUUUUCAGUAUGUCGUACAGCAGUAAUCAUAUUCUAAGCGAUUUCAUUUUUAAUUAUUGGUCUCAAACUAAACUGAAAUCUCCUACAUUGGGCCAUGGC